AUAACGGAGCUGCUGUAAUAUUCUCAUUCUGACACCAUCAGCUGGACAAAUACAUCAUAUUAUUCACUCCUCUAAAUCGAAAUCCAGAUGCCUGGAUGCGCGAGAAAUUAUGUUAGAGUGUUAUGUUAGUCUGUUAGUGUAUUAAAUGUGAUUUAUCAGUAGCGGUAGCUGGUUAAAGUAGCUCAGCACAGCUUUGUUUACAUUGCUAGUUCAGUUCCAGCAGCUUUCAUAGUGAGUUAAUGACAGCAUAGAAACCCUAUAAAACCUGUUAGUGCUCAUUACAAGAGUCUGGAAUCAUCACAUGUGCCUAAUUUCCUCAGGUUCUGCUGAAAAGAGUUUUAUUUGUGCCUUUGCUUCACCGGUCAUCAGUAUGGGGAUGUGUUUGCCCUGUUUGAGUGGAGCUGAAGAUGAUGUAGUCGUCACACCAGAUGCUGAGACAAGGAGAAGGCAGUUGGCAGAGGCUGCAGAGAAGAGACAGAAAGAGACAACCUACAGAGGCAUCAAAAACCCAGAAGCCCUAGAAAGGAAAAAGAAAAAACAGGAAGAGAUGGAGAAAGAGACUGUGAACUCAACACCUGCUGGAGGAGGAGGGCUGAAGGUACAUCACAAACAAGAGUGGCAGGUUGGCUAACACAGUCUGCAGGAAGAUAACUGGUGUGUGUCUACAUCGGGCAUCGACAAACUGCAGUAUUUCCCACUGACUUGAGAGAUUCUUCAAAAUCUUUCUUUUUCUUUAUUUUGAAGUGUACGCUAACAAGGGAGUGUGCGUAGAGAUUGGAAUUAUUGUCAAGCUCCUUCACAAAGCUCCUUCAGACCUUUUGAUUGGCCAGAGUGCAUUAAGAUCACACCUCUUUAAAAUGCCAAAAUGUGCUAGCCUAUGGGAUAGGGAUUUAGCACUUUUGUUUAUUUAUAUAGAACAUUUUCACAAUAUAAUAUAUGUUCAUCAAUAAUUUCACACACAUGCUGCUUUUAUACCAAGGUGCUUUCUAUUUUCAACAUUGAUUUGUUAAACAACCCGUUGAAUCUGAGAUCUGAAUGUCAUUUUAAUACACAUUUAUACAGCAAAAAAAAAAAAAAAAAAAAGCUUGUUUUGUAAUGGGGUUAGAAACAUUUAGUGCAUAUUCAGGCAUUUAUAUUUAUUUCAAGUCAUGCAUACAUUACCAGUGGGUUUUGAGAUUAUUCAGGACUGUAAAGCAUGCGUUUGUUAAUUUUGAUAAAUGUUUGAUAUUUAAGAGUGAA